ACUACUGUUACCUGGAUCUCUGAUUGGCUCAGAGAGUCGAUCCGGGUACUCGGCUGGAAAGAGCCUAUAGGUACCAAUAUGGCGGAGGCUUCCUUCGGGAGUUCGAGCCCAGUUGGCUCUUUAUCGUCUGAAGAUCAUGACUUCGAUCCGACAGCAGAGAUGCUAGUCCACGAAUAUGACGACGAGAGGACAUUGGAGGAGGAAGAGUCAUUGGAGGGCGAGAGAAACUUUAACUCAGAGAUAGCCGAUCUGGAGAAGGAGGGGAACAUGCCGUUGGAGGAACUGCUGGCCAUCUACCGCUAUGAGGCGUCUGUCAGUACGGCUGCAGGCUCCAGCAUGGACAGCUUUUCUGGGGAGCUGACGGAUGAGCUGCCAGAUAUGACUUUGGACAAGGAGGAGAUAGCUAAAGACCUGCUAUCAGGGGACUAUGAGGAGGAGACCCAGUCAUCCGCUGAUGACCUCACCCCUUCAGUCACCUCCCAUGAGGCCACCGACUUCUUCCCCAGAACACUCAGAUCUAAUACUAUCUACGACGGUGAUAAGGAGUCCGAGUGUGAGGAGGAUGGCCCAAGCCUAGAGGACUCCAGAAAGGAAAUAAUGGUGGGGUCGCAGCACCAAGCAGAGGUCCCCACCCACCUCUGUCACUAUGGCGACGAUAAGGUUUACGAAGAUGAUGACCAGUUGCUAUGGAGCCCGGACGUGUUGUCAGAAAGCAAGGUCCGGGACUUCCUGUGUGAGGCGUCGUCACGGGCGACCGAUGAGAGGACAGGAAGUGACAUGGCAGUGGCUCAUGUGAGCGACAAUGAGCAGGCUCUGUAUGAGCUUGUGAAAUGUAACUACAAUACCCCUGAAGCACUGGAGAGGUAUUGCAGUAACGUGAACUCAUCACAGGAGGAAUCCCCACCGUGGUCUGAAGAUGAAUGCAGAAACUUUGAACAUGCACUACAGCUAUAUGAUAAGAACUUUCACCUCAUACAGAAGCACAAGGUUAAGACACGGACGGUAGCUGAAUGUGUGGCCUUUUACUACAUGUGGAAGAAGUCGGAGCGCUUUGAUUUCUUUGUCCAGCAGAAUCGCUUUGGCAAGAAGAAGUAUAGCAGCUAUCCUGGUGUAACGGACCUGAUGGACCGGCUGGUGGACGAGGCGGAGGGCCUGGCAGUAGACAGCUCCUCCUCUGUGUGCUCAGGCGGAGGAGGAGGGGUGAGGAUGGAGCCCACCACAGAGCAGCAGCUCAGCCUGCUCAACUCCAUCACUGCCAGCGACCUCACAGCCCUGAGUAACAGCGUGGCCACAGUGUGCAGCCCAGCGGAGGUGAGCUGCCUGGACUCGUACGGUUUCCCCCCUCUGGAGAGCCUCCACCGGGGGUCCCUAGCACAGGAAGAGCCCCUGGGCUUCCCCUCCAACGGAGGAGAUCCCGACUGUCUCAACAUGCUGGACGCUGGCUUCUACCACUCAGACCUGGGCCAGCGGGGAGGGGUGUACGGGGGCAAGGACUGCGAGCGGCCUUCUAAGAGGCUCAAGUUGGCGCUGCCCGACUCUUUCAUCAACGACGUUUCUGUGGGUAACCUCGGAGUGGAUUUUGAGGGGCGGCGGAACACGGCACACCACCGCAUCACCGGCGCCAAGAUGGCGGUGUCCGUCACGGACUUUGGGGGCUUGGCGGGCAGUGGGGAGCCCAAUGGGUUUAUGGGAGCACAUGCACGACGUCACAGCACAGCGCUCCAGUCAGAGUGACCGCCCCCAGAAUCCCUCUUUUAAAUCCACCAUCCCAUGUGUACAUAAGACUCACUCACUGGAGAUUUUUGUUUAAUAAUUAUAUAUACACAUCUAUUUCGUUUUUGAUUUUAUUUGUGAAAUAUGACAUCAGUGAUGUCUUUAUCGUAUAGAACAAAAAAUCUUGAUUUCUCAAGAGUUUAUAUAGCCAUUUAUUUUCCGCGGCCCUGAGAUGUCAGUGUCCAUGUAGUGUGGGGCCCAGCCCAGCCUGUCCCGGAGGCUGCGGAUAGACAGUUGUGUUUUGUUCCUCAUCCCUCACACCCACAUCUACAGACGACUUCUUCAAAGCUACGUAAUCCUGCCACUCAUAUACAGUUGCCAAACCAGCUUUGUUCUGGUUUACUAAGUUUGUUCAUUAUUAAAGUGGUAUUUUUGAUUAACAAUCAGUGUUUACAGGUACUUGCAGAAACCAAGCUUGGUCAAAUGUGUUUUGUCCGAGAGGAGCCUGGGUUUUGUACUUAAUGCAACAACACUCGUUGGUGUUGAGGCCGUGUAGAUUUUAACUAGGAGCAUAUCAGUUGCUAGGAUGUUUUUCUCUCCCUCUCGCCUUUGUUUUUGUUCCUGUGGAAGCUUCUUUUGUACUCGGCUUGCUUUUUUCAGACUUUUAACAGUCUGAAGUGGCCAAACCAGAGGAGAAUGUUCUAGAAUUUUAACAAAAUAUUAUAUGAUGAUUUUCCUCAGUGUUCAGCUGUGACAGAGCUUGCCAAAACAUUUUAAACCUUUUUUAAAUCCGACAAUUUUAUUAGCGGAGUCAAGUGAUCAAUGUAAAGACUAAAAGGCUGGGUCUGACACCCAACUGAUCUGGGCAGUUUUAUCUGUCCAUCAUAUUAUCUGAAACAUGCCCUUAUAAAUCUGUCUCUUAUUGCCCCAGAAAUUAGCCAAAAUCAUGACAAUAUUUUACAUUAUGACAGAACAGUUUUUGGAUUGGCAUUAUAGCGUUGCACUGAGAUGUCAUGUGUUCAGCUCCAGUAAUGUAUAUAGUUUCUGCCCUAUACUCUUAGCACAACAUGUAUUUCUUCAUAAAUCUAUUUGGCCCCAGUUGAGUGCUAAUUGUGCUGUUUGCAUGUUCAACAUGGAGCUUGAUCAAUCUGCAAAAGUUAGGGUUUAUUUUUUUCCCUCUACAGUAUUGUUCAUUAUUGAAACUACUUAAGGUCUGCAUAAGCUUGUUAGCAGUAUUAUUUCUUUAUUUAAAGCCACUUUUUUUCCUUUUCUGCAACUUCCACUGUACUGACUGGAGGAUGCCUUGUAUUAACCAGUCCAUAAUUUAAUGUCCAGUUGCAGUCUAACAGAGAUUCAACUUCUAUUUCUCUAGACUGAACUAAUUGUGAAUUGUUGAGUGUUGGGGGGGGGGGUCAUCAUUGUCUUUUUAAUGUAUGCAGUAGUGAUUGCUUAAUUUACCUAUGCAUUGUGAGUUUGAUAAUUAGUUGGUUUCAGGGGUGUAUAUAUACUGAACAAAAAUAUAAACGCAACAAUUUCAACGAUUUUACAGAGUUACAGUUUACAGAAGGAAAUCAGUAAAUUGAAAUAAAUGAAUUAGGCCCUAAUCUAUGUAUUUCACAUGACUGGGCAAGGGCUCACCCACUGGGUGCCAUGCCAAUCAGAAUUUGUUUUUACUCACAGAAGGUCUUCAUUACAGACAGAAAUACUCCUCCCCCCCAGACUAUCCCACAGGUCUGCGGUUGUGAGGCCGGUUGGACGUACUGCCAAAUACUCUAAAACGACAUUGGAGGUGGCUUAUGGUAGUGAAGUUAACAUUAAAUUAUCUGGUGGACAUUCCUGCAGUCAGCAUGCCAAUUGCACGCUCCAUCAACUUGAGACAUCUGUGUUGUUAUGUGUCAAAACUGCACAUUUUAGAGGGGCCAUUUAUAUAUGUCCCCAGUGCAAGGUGCACCUAUGUAUUGACCGUGCUGUUUAAUCAGCUUCUUGAUAUGCCACACUUGUCAGGUGGAUGGAUUAUCUUGGCAAAGGAGAAAUGCUCAGUAACAGGGAUGUAAACAAAUUUGUGCACAAACAUUUUGAGAAAUAAGCUUUUUGUGCAAAUGCAACAUUUCUGGGAUCUUUUAUUUCAGCUUAUGAAACAUGGGACCAACACUUUACAUGUUGCAUUUAUAGUUUUGUUCAGUAUAAUUCUGAAUGUCACCCACAAAAGUCCAUAGACUUCUUACAUAAACAUUUACCAUACAAUAAUUCACUAUCCUGAGUAUGUACAGAUGGGUUUUUUGCAUUGGUUUUACCUAGCUAGGCGUUAUCUAGUCAUUCUGUUUCUAUGGCAGACAUUGGAGUCAGUUGUUUGUUCACCUUGCAUUAUUUCCCCAAAUGUUGACAGUUUCAUGUAAAUAAUUAACUAAUAGCCUUAAAUGUCUUCAUUGACCUCUUUAAACUUGUGAAUCUGUGUUGAUACAAAUACUUAAAAUUAGAUUCCUUGUCAAAAGGCAAUAAUGUGUCUAUGUACUGACAUUACAUGUUUUUACAUUUUACUGAUUGGCUUUUGGUGUUUGGAUAUUUGGGGGGUGGGGGGGGGGGGGGAUUUUCCCUUGGCAGUGGGAGACAGCAAAAUAAUGCAUGCUAGCUGUGUGACAGUUCUCGAAAAUGUACAACUUUAAAAAGGCUUUACCUAAGACGUAUUAAUAUAUUAUUCAAUGUUGCAUUUUGAAGUUGCAAUCAUAAUGUACAAAUCCCAUUUUGUUACUCUUCAUUUAUUUCCUUUACACAUUUCUGUCUUUGUCUUGGUGAAAGGGAUGGCUUCUGUAGUCAGUAUGUUGAAAGAUGGGUCUGGUUCAGAAUCAAGCCCUCGUCCCUUAGGUACUUUCAUAGAUCUGGGCCCGUAUCCACAAAGGCUCUUAUUCAUUGUGAUCUAAAAGGCCAAACUGAUCCUAGAUCAGCACUCCUACUCUGAGACGCUUUGUGGAUACGGCCCCUGGUAUGGUUGGAUAGAUGGAACCAAAAUGGCAGAUGAACUACUACCAUAUUGCUUAUACCUAUCCAAUGCUUUCAGAUACAUCAAGUGCCUAGGGGUAUGUACCAGACCAUUGUUACUCACCAUCGUCAAAAGUGCAGAUGUCGUGGGUGUCUCCAGGCUCUCUCUAGCUUUAGCAGUGCAGUGAUAUUUAUUUCACCCUAUGGUUUGGUAUAAAGACUCAGAAAUACUGUCUGAAUGUAAAGGCCAUUAUUGACUAGUAGAUUAAUAUUUUGAUUUUACAACCCUGUCCUGAAAUCUCAUAAUGUGAUAUUUUUUGGGGAAUCUCUGGAGAGACUUGUGUGUAAGAAAGCACUCAUUUCUUUUUAUAUUUUGUAUUGUGUUUUGAAGUUUAAUAGUAUAAAAAGAUAUAGCAGUUGUGGUUGUUUAAAAAAAUAUCUAGUUCUUUGAAGUAAAGAAAACACCUUUUUGUGAAUAAAACAUAAAUGUAUAUCCAGAAAUAUAGACAAUCAACAUAUUUACUAUCGAAUGUUCAAGAGAAACUCGCUUUUGUUUAAGAAUUGUACAUAGACACUGAAUAGUUUUUUUUCUUUGGGUUUUGUUAAACAUUUUGUAUUUUCUGUUCUUUAAUACCUGAUGUACAGAUCCAGAAAUAAAGUUCUGGAAAACGUC